AUGAACGAAAGCAACAACGUCAAGGUCAUUGUGAGGCUUCGCCCGCCGCUUCCUCGGGAAGAGGGGCUGGACGAGUGUUUGGUGGAAAUGCCAGCCGGUGAAAAGGGCUCUACUAUACUUAAAACCUCAGAAACAGCCUCCAAGAAGUAUAUCUUCGACGAAUGUGUAUAUUCGUAUAGUACGGCCGAGGAGCAUUAUAUGGAUAAUGCUGACUUUUAUAGGGCUUCGGGGCCUCAGCUUAUUGAACAUUUUUUUCAGGGCUAUAACGUUUGUCUUCUUGCUUAUGGUCAGACUGGCUCGGGAAAGACAUACACUAUGAUGGGCCACCAGAAGAGCCCUGGGUUGAUUCCACUUAUGGUUAGAGACAUUCUCCGGCACAAGGAGGACCUUGUUCAGAAUAGAAUCAACUGUGAGCUUUGUCUUUCGUAUGUGGAGAUAUACAAUGAGAAAGUGAAGGAUUUGCUUAAUGGUUCGAAGCAGUGCAGGGUCAGAGAACACCCUACGAUGGGAUCGUAUGUGGAAGGCCUUGCUGAGGUUACUGUGGGACUGUACGAGCAGUUUAUGGCGCUUUUGGAUAAGGGAAAUGGGAACAGAACAGUGGCUUCUACGCAGAUGAACGUUUCGAGUUCCAGAUCCCAUGCUGUUAUCACGCUUUCUUUGAAACAGACAAAGUAUACUUCUGAAGACGCUCUUGACGUUGGCGAGCCGGAUGAAGAGGUGCUUUCGAGUAUUCGUUUGGUCGAUUUAGCUGGUUCCGAACGUCUCCACAAGACAGGGCUGUUCGGACAAGCAGACCGAAUGAAAGAAGGUACUCAAAUCAACAAAUCGCUUACGGUCUUGGGACGCUGUAUCAAUAUAUUGGCACAGAAUAACCCUAACAAGCCAUCGGUUGUGCCGUAUAGAGACUCAAUUCUCACCUACUUGCUUAGGGAGAACCUAGCUGGAAACUCCAAGACCGCCAUGAUCUUCUGUGUUUCCCCAUUCGACUACGAAGAAACGCAACAGACACUCAAUUACGCCAACCAGGUCAAGAACAUCAAGACAAGAGCAAAGGCCAACACUUCCAGUAUUGCUUCGGCGCCAAUUGAAUGGGAGAAGUUCAAGGAAAUGGAUAAGCUGGUGGUAGAGACACUUAAAGACCGUAUUCGGGAUCUUACUGAACAACUUGAUGAGGCCAGAAGUGAUACGCCAGUCGAGACAGCUUCACUUAUAAAGUACCUCGACCGUGAAGCCCAAAAACAGAACUUCGAGGUCAAAUACCUCAAGUCUAUACUUCUGCUGCAAAAUAGGCAGGUUGAGGAGCUCAAGGCUCAAAACACUUACCUUCACAAAGAGCUCCUUGGAUCUGGCCAAGCUGAAUCUCAAAGAAGAAAGAACCUUCUUAAACAGCAAAUGGACCCAUUUAUCAAAACCUGUGCCUUGGAAAACACCCGUGUCAAGGAGAUUCUUUCUCUCUUUGAUCCAGAGAAGGUCCUCUAG